AUGUUUGAAUGUGGAUACAAGUCUCAGUACAUUGGUGGCCAGAGAGAGAAAUUUGUAAGAUUGGAUGAGCUAGACUCCACAUUGUCAAUGCCUGCUCCCUGUACUGGAAUGAAGCGCUGCAAAUUCAAUCUCGACGGAAUACCAUUACCCUUCACCGGACGAUCCAAGAAAAAUGCAUCAAAAUCAUUUAGGUACGGAGUGAAGAAAGGUUCAGAUGGGCUCUUAACAUUUGGUAGAUCACUAAGAAGUGGAGUAACCAGGGCAGUUUUCCCAGAAGAUCUUAAAGUGUCUGAUAAAACUAUAUUUGAUCCUCAAGACAAGUCCCUCUUGUUAUGGAAUAGACUUUUUGUUAUAUCUUGUAUCUUAGCAGUUUCCAUUGAUCCUUUCUUUUUCUACCUUCCUGUCUUCAACCAUAAAUCAUUUUGUCUUGGAAUGGAUACAAAGUUAGCUGUCACAACCACCACUCUUCGAACUGUAGUCGACGUUUUCUUCCUUAUUCGUAUGGCUCUUCAGUUCAGGACAGCUUUCAUCGCGCCAUCCUCACGGGUUUUUGGAAGAGGUGAACUUGUCAUUGAUCCUCAUCAGAUAGCUAUGAGAUAUCUACAACGUUAUUUCAUUGUUGAUUUCCUCUCUGUGCUUCCCUUUCCACAGAUUGUAGUUUGGAAGUUUCUUCAGAGAUCAAAAGGUUCAGAUGUUUUGGAAACCAAGCAAAUGUUGCUAUGCAUUGUCUGUUUACAGCUCUUACCAAGAUUCUUUCGGUUAAUACCGUUAACUUCAGACCUUAAAAAGACAGCUGGUGCUUUUGCUGAAAGUGCCUGGGCUGGUGCUGCUUACUACUUGCUCUGGUUUAUGCUCUCUGGUCAAGCGCCUUUUUCUAGCACUGUAUCAAGAAGGUUUUAUAUGGCUACUAAGCUAAAUCUGUAACCACUUGUUAUGAUUUCACAGGUAACUGGGGCUAUCUGGUACUUACUAGCUGUAGAAAGAAACGAUACAUGUUGGAGGGAAGCGUGUAAACGGAGUGGAAAAUGCAAGAUAGAUUUUUUGUACUGCGGCAACAAGCACAUGCCGGGUUACAGUGAUUGGCAAGCCAUCAGUGACCAAGUUCUUACCGCUCACUGUUCGGUUGCUGAUACAUCAUCACACUUCAAGUAUGGAAUAUACACUCAAGCCAUAUCUUCUGGCAUUGUUGAAUCCAGGACCUUUUUCUCAAAGUUCUGCUAUUGUUUAUGGUGGGGAAUGCAAAACUUGAGUACACUUGGUCAGGGGCUUCAAACAAGUACAUACCCUUUAGAGGUUUUGUUUUCCAUAAGCAUAGGUAUAGCAGGGCUCAUCCUAUUUGCUCUUCUAAUUGGAAAUAUACAGACCUAUCUUCAGUCCAUCACUAUUCGGCUCGAAGAAAUGAGGAUCAAAAGGCGUGACUCCGAGCAGUGGAUGCAUCAUCGCCUGCUGCCACAAGAGCUCAGGGAAAAAGUUCGUAGAUAUAAUCAGUACAAAUGGCUGGAGACUCGAGGUGUAGACGAAGAAAGCAUAGUCCAGAGUCUACCUAAAGAUCUCAGAAGGGACAUUAAACGACACCUUUGUUUGAAUUUGGUCAGAAGGGUUCCUCUUUUUGCCAAUAUGGAUGAGAGACUGCUUGACGCCAUUUGUGAGCGUCUGAAGCCAAGUCUAUACACAGAGAGUACCUUUGUUGUCAGAGAAGGUGACCCAGUGAACGAGAUGCUAUUUAUUAUACGUGGUCGUUUAGAAAGUGUGACUACAGAUGGUGGUAGGAGUGGAUUUUUCAACAGAGGUAUACUGAAAGAAGGGGACUUUUGUGGAGAAGAGCUUCUGACAUGGGCACUGGACCCAAAAGCUGGUUCUAAUUUACCUUCAUCUACUAGAACAGUAAAUGCCAUAACUGAAGUGGAGGCCUUUGCCUUGGAAGCAGAGGAGUUGAAGUUUGUUGCUAGUCAGUUUAGGCGUCUUCAUAGCAGACAGGUUCAGCAUACUUUCCGGUUCUACUCGCAGCAGUGGAGAACUUGGGCUGCUAUCUUUAUUCAAGCUGCAUGGCGCCGAUAUGCCAGAAGAAAAAUGGCUGAAAAAAGGCGUAAAGAAGAGGAAGAAGAAGAGUAUGACUGUAGCGAGGAAGACGAUGAAAGGACUUUAGUUAACAGAAGUAUGAGUUCUUCUAGGCUUCGUGCCACCAUCCUCGCUUCCCGCUUUGCAGCAAAUGCGCUUCGUGGUCGCAGGAUUCGCAGUGAAAGUACCCGAGGAUUAGUGAAUCUGCAGAAACCCCCAGAACCUGACUUUUCUGCUUAUGAUGCCGAUUAA